AUGCUGGGUUUGGCUUCACUGGAGGGUCAGCUGGCGAAGCGUGCAAAGACUGGCAACACAGCCAGAGCAGAUGAGGAGGACAGAUCGAAGAAGAAAUGGGCCCUGCAUUUGGCUGAGAUAAUAGUGGAGGCCAAGCUUCCAGCAGUUGCGGCAUUCACUGGAUUGCCCAAUGCAAAUGCUCGUAUUUCAGAGGAUCAGCUAUGGCUGGAAUCAGUGAAGUCUUGGACUGCUGAGUUGAGUAGAGAUGCACCGCCAAGGCGACAGGCGGACCUGUAUACAGUUGCAAUCGCUGUGAGUUCAGAACUGACGCUUGCAAAUGAAGCGGCUCCACUUGGACAGAGAUUUUAUUCCUUUGUACUGCUCUUGCUCCUUUGGGGUACAAUGCGUUGUGAUGAUUUACAGAAUGUGGAUCCAGCUUCUUUGGAGUUGUCUCAGUUGGGACUACGUUUUGUGCUGCGCAGAACUAAGACUAGCGGUCCUGGAAAGCCUGUAGGUGAACUUCAAGGUUUCAUUGCGAGAGAUAUCAGUUUGUCAGGUGUUGAUUGGUUGCGUUUAGGCAUGGAGCUACUGGAAGAGGAAGAGUUGAAUUUUCCUAGGGAUUUCUUUGCGAUUGGUUUUGCACAUGAAUGGGACAAACCUGAACGCAGUUUCCUGGAACCUGAGGGCUUAGCUACGAUGUUAAGGAAGCUGCUGUUGACACUCCCCGCGGUGGGGCGCAAGAUCAGCGGUCUGAGCCUCAUUCAGGGAACCAUGUUGAUUUCACCGGAAAUGGGUUCUUUCUGGACCGGUCACAGUGCCAGACACACCUUGCCGUCUUGGGCAGCUGCAGCAGGUGUCGGUAAAGAGGACCGUGACUACUUAGGCAGAUGGAGUUAUGCGAAACAUGGUUCACAGGAUUAUGUUUUGACUUCUAGGCAAGUUGUGCACCGCAUACAGCGAGCUGUUUGUAAGUUCAUCCUGGAGGGCCUUCCGCAACCAGGACUUGUCGAAGAGGAGUUGAUGGAACGUAUCAAGUCAUUUGCAGUCAAGGUAAAUGCUGGUCCACUGACAACGGCCAGAAAACAUGCUGUUUUGGUUUGGACACUUGCUGGAAGUGCUUGGCAUUUAGGUGGUGAGUUUCCCUUGCUUGACACGGGUCCAGUUGCGGCGCCCAUGGAGGUUGCACCUGAAACCGAGUCGUUUGAGCCCCAGGAUCCAGAUGUUUUGCCAGAGGCACCAUACUUUAUCACGAUUUGCAGAAAGACGCAUUUCCGACGUCUCCAUGUUUCAAAAUCGUGUGCAGUACGUCAGGAGCGCUGCUUGGUGACACAACCAGUUUACUCAUUGAGUGGUGAUGUUGCUGACGCUGUUUGCAAACUGUGCAAACCCAAACUGACAGAGGGACAACAGGGACCAGAUAGCUCCAGCAGUUCGAGCUCCAGCAGGAAGCAGAGGGCCAUGAACGCACCAGCAGGUGUUACAGAGAAUGAUAUGCGUGCCUUCUUGCACGACAGAGUGGAAGCUGAUUUGGCAUACAUCUUACAAGAGAACGGUGUGCCAUUAGCCUUGCAGUACAAUCUCACCCAGGUGUUUGGCCAGCUCAGGCGCUUCAGUGCCAUUGCAGACACCCGACAGGGAGUGAGGCAAGCUUUGAGAGAGGAUUUGCAGGUCCAGGAAAACAGUUUGCAGAAUAGAGCUGCAGUGGCUGGAGUUGUAGCUGCUUGGGAAGCCUCCCGAGAGUAUGCAGCUAAGCAGGCAGAACUCAAAGCAGAAGCCAGGUUCCUAGGGGUUGCAAGGCCGGUGACUCAGACGGAUAGGGCAGCCAUGCGGGCAGCUUACAUUGCAACACAUGGAGAGAUCGAAGAGACGUACGAGCCUUCAGAUGACUAUCUUUCUUCAAAGAUUGAGGAAUUGGAAGCUCAUGAGCCAGUGGCGUCUUAUUUGAAUGAGGUCACUAGCAAGAAGACAGCCAAAACCAUGGGCAUUCAGACAUCCUUUCCUGGAGGCAAUGGGCCACCGAAUAAGUGGCACAAAGGAACUGGCAAGAAAGGUGGCAAAGGCAAGUCGAAACAACGUCAAGGAGGCAAAGGUGGAUCUGAGCACUCUAUGGUUUCCUUUACAGAUGACAAUCGACAGAUUUGUUUUGCAUACAAUGCACAAGGCUGCAAAGGCGGCUGCGGCAGAGUUCAUGUUCGUAGGCUUAAAGAGCUCGAUAUUGAGCUUCACCAUUCCCAUGACUUGUCAAAGACAGAACUGUGGGAUGAUCUAUUCAAGGACAUUGAUCAAGGGCUUGUGGACGUUUUGUUGGUUUCACCACCAUGCAAUACAUUCAGCAGGGCAAGGCACCACUUUCGACAAGGAGGUCCAAGACCACUACGGUCAGCUACUUGGCCGUUGGGCUUCCCUUGGUUACGCAUGACAGAUCAAGAAACGGUGCAAACUGCAAAUUUCUUUAUUUUUCAAUGUUUGGAAGCUGCAAAGCGAAUGCAUGCGCAAGGACGGUUUUACUGGUGGGAACACCCUGAGGAUUUGGGAAAGACAAGGGCAGGAGAUUACCCUGCGUCAAUCUGGCAGUUGCAGGCUUUGCGACAGUUGGUGCAGGCGACACAGGCCGCUUCCUGGGCCAUACAUCAAUGCAUCUUUGGGGCUCCCACCUCCAAACCGACCAGGUUGAUUUCAAAUUUACCAAAUUGUUUGCAACAUGGUGUGAACUGGGCGACUUUUGAUGAAGCUGGCUUUUACACAGGACCAUUGGGGAAAUGUCCCCACAUCUCGCACCCACCACUUCUGGGAUUUAAUGUGGAAUUGCAGAAGUGGAACACAGCUGAUUCAGCGGCAUAUCCUGAAGAAAUGUGCAAAUCAAUAGCUUUGGACAUAAUCUCAGCGCUCCCACAGUGCAUGGCUGCGCAGGGGGUACAUGACACUGCAACAGCGCCUACUACAGAUACACCUACAACCACUGCACUUCCAACAGCCAAGACACCUGCCACCACUUCCACCAACCCUUCAACGGUCAUCCAGGACACCACAUCAACGACCUCUUCAACUGCGCUCCACAGGGGCAAGGGGCCUGUGUCUGGACCGACUGGAUUCAGUGAGCCAGCCAAUGGGGAAACUGAGAACGAAGGCAACAAGCCCCAUGGAGAGAUUUGGAUAUCAUCAGGUGAAGAUCAGAUAGCUGGAAGUGGGCAGAUGCAAGAGGAUAUGGUGUUUGACAGUACAACCUCUUCUUGUUUUGGACAGCCCAUCAUUUGCAGAUACGAAAGUUGCAAGAAAGAGUUCACUGAUGGCUUUGGAUUGUGCUCACCGGGCAGGUGGUUGCCAGGGGCUCGCAAUUAUCUGGCUAAAGGAGAUUGGGGACUUGCGGAAGGAAGCAUUUCGCUUGGCACUUGGGCAAAGCAGCAAUCCCCUUUUGGUCCGGAACAGUUGCAGACAUUGAGAAAGAAGAUAGCCACCUUGCUCAGACCGGGAGAUGAAGAUGCUUUACUUGUGCAGCCACCGCGGCAACCUUUCUUUCUUUAUUUGCUUGCAGAAUCUUUGAGGGAGCUGGAUGAUCCCGAUUGGGAGAUACUGGUCCAAGGUGAAGAAUGUUUUGCAAAGGGAGUGCCGCUUGGUGUGGAGACCGAGCUUCCAAGAACUCCCCAGGUGUUCAGGCGCAGAGAGAAGUUUAGGCAGCUGGACAUCACUGACUUUCAACCGGACAUGAAAAACUAUGCUACGGCAGAGCUUUCUUCGGAAGAGUUGGAGGCGCACUUCAGAAAGGACGAAUUGCUGGGGAGGAUGCUUCCCACGACUCUAGCGGAGGCCAAGAUGGAGUACGGUGAAGAAGCAGUACUCAUUGCAGCAAUGGGAGCAAUACAGAAACCAGAUGGUAGUGUGCGCCCCUUGCAUGAUGGCACACACGGCAUUGGGCUCAACAACAAGAUCAAAAUACUUGACCGCCUGGAAGUUCCAGGACCAGAGGAGAUCAUAGAGUUGGUGGCCCUUGCAGCAGAGUCCCGUGAAGCUGCCUUCUGUCUUUCAGCAGAUAUAAGCCAGGCGCAUCGAUGCGUGCUCAUACGUAAGGCUGACUGGGCACGGUUAGCAUGUCGCUCAAAAUCAGAUUCACGAACAUUGUGGCUGAAUUGUGUUGGCACCUUUGGAGUUUCAAGCGCAGCAUACUGGUGGACUAGAUUAUUUGCUUGCGUGGGACGAUGGGUCCUAAGGAUUUUGGAUAGGAGACAGACGAUGCAGCUGGCAUACGUCGACGACGUGCACUUGCUUUGCCUGGGCCCACAGAAAUUUGUAGCACUCUGGCUGAGCAUACUGGCAUAUGAGAUCAUGGGCACACCAUUUGCGUACCACAAAUUCAGAGGUGGCCUCAAUGUGGAGUACGUUGGUUACCAGAUGGAAUAUGACCGACAAGUGGCAGGCAUUUCAAAGAAGAGAGCAGAAUGGGUCAUCAAGUGGAUCGAUGAUGCAGAAAGGAACGGAUGGAUGGUGCAAGGGAGAUCAUUUAUAGAGUUCACUGGAAGGUUGUCAUUUGUUGCGAGGGUGGUCACUUGGAUCAAACCAUUUCUGGCUCCACUCUUUGCUUGGACAUCGGUGCUUGCACGGGGAACCGUCACAAGGGUUCCCACCUUGGUCUUUAUUUCUUUGAGAUUUUUGCGGCGGCAGAUACAACACCAUGGACACUGGGUGAAUGUGCUGGCACCUUGGCAGUCUCCCAGUGAGGCAUUCCGUACGGAUGCGAAGUGCGAGGACGGACGGAUUGUCCUAGCUGGAUGGUCUCUGGAAGCUGGAGUGGAAGACUUGAAGAGAUCAUCAUGGUUUUGCUUGGAGGUAUACCCUACGGAUCUUCCCAUGUUCUUCAAAGAAGAUGGCUCGUCGCAGUGGUGCUCUACUGCGGCAGAACUCAUGGCAUCGUACGCAGCUGCGUGCGCUUUCGGCUAUUUGAAGGGAGAGAAACGGGUGAAGAAUCUGAAACUGGCGAUCACUGGCGGGACUGACAACAAGUCUAAUCAGUCCUUGCAGAACAAGAACAUGUCAACGAAAUGGCCGUUGUUAGCGGUUCACAUGCAAGUUUCGGCGGAGUUGCUUUCAUGCGGAACAAGGAUGAAAUUGCGCUGGAGACCAAGGGAGCAGAAUGUUCCUGCCGACUCCCUCACCAAUCAAGACUUCAGUUUAUUUGAGUCGGAUAACCGUAUUCCCAUCACCUUGGGAGACCUUCCUCUGGAACUGCUGAAGGAGCUUUGUUCGGCGAGAGAUGAGUUUGUUGAAGCGAGAGAUGGCCAGGUUGGUUUGAGACUGGUUGAAGGCAGGCAGACAAAAAGACAAAAGAUGGCAAACAAAACUGUAUGGUAA